UCAUUCAGAACAUAUAAACAUGUCUCUUUAGUCUCUUCACAAUUUUUUCUCUUCUCCUUCGAGCAAGAGUUUCGUUUCUUUCGUUGUGUCUUAUAUCGUAUAUCCAGCAGAGCUUCACAAACGCUGACCUUUCUAAUCAGCCUGUCAACACCCCGCUUCGUUUAGACCCAGACGUCCUGAACAGGGGUCCAAGUUCAACAUCCUGCUACUAGCUUCUUUGGUGGGAUAUCCAUAGAUAAUGAUAAGAAAAGCUCUUCGUAUAGGUACCCUAUCGAUUGUUCGUAUCGAAACCGCCCGGGUAGCCUUUGGUAGUCGAUCAUUAUGUAUGAAUCCUUUAGGUCACAAAACUCGAAAUGCGGCCAUUCUUGCAACAUGGAUUAAAUAUUCAUUUCACCGGAUACGCGGCCGGUAUACAGUCCCUUGUCUAAAAUUUUGUUUUCAGCAUGGUGGGAUCGACAUUAUAUGCAGACGUUGUAUAGUCACGUGAUAGUUUAUCAAUAAAUAGUCGCACGACCGCCUCGACCGGCCACUCAAACUCCAAUGAUUAAUAAUCAAUUCUCCAGUUUCAGUGAAACAACCCGUCAAGAGCCUUUCUUUUCCACACCCGGGGGCUUCUAAUUACACAGAUGAGCACAAUAAUCUAUCCAGUUCGGUGAUGUUCGACUACGGAUAGAGACUCAAAAUGGUGAAACGGCUCAAAAUUACUUCUCACGAUCAUUCGACUUAUCUUGGUUUUUGGGAUGGUUACAUCCUGCCCAGGUGGCUCGGGUGGACAGGAAAUCCAUGUUGAAGUGUGACCCCACUGGGUAUACUUCGGUCAACAAUCUAUCAAUUUUUAUGGACAGCCAUUAUUCAUUCUAAUCUUGAGAAGUCAACAAAGUUCGAGCAGUAUCUGGGUACAAAUUCCAACGAUAGAAUUAGUUACAGAUUCUGUAUCUAAUUAUUACAUAAUUUUAGCCGAGCUGAUACCUUUUUGUCUCACUGUUCUCACUCAUACAUUCCUCGUGGCCACAAGACAACUUCUAGCAAUUCCCGGCUAAGAUUGAAACCAUGAAAGAGAACCCGAUUGGAACCGUCCAACCCUAGACUUUGCAAUUAUGAUUGUUGUUCUAGCCAACCAAGACGGGACGUCUGCAUUCGAGGAAUUGCGACCUAUGAUAUGCGGAUAGUCAUUGUCAUUAUCUGAUUGGGCUUCCUGUUAUAAGGUUCACUUCGCAAAAUCCUAAAUAUGUAUGUGUGCUCAAUGCAUACUUAUACAGUUGUUCUAUGCAUCCAGAAUAUUGCCUAUAUGCAAGAAACUCAGGGACGGCACGCGAUAACGCUUGUCGUCAAACCCAAGACGGAUGGCCCCGUCUACUGGUCGUCAUGAGCAGUAAUACAAGCAUUCAGCACCGUUAUCGCUGCUGAUAUUACCCACCUCAAAGUUCAUCAAAAGUGGGAGUCACAAGGGUCCUGCAAUACCAAAAAAUAUCAUUUUGAGUGGUGGAAACUACCCCAACAUUCUUUGGUGCUCACAUCCCUUUCUAUUGUUCAUUCGAUUGGACGCCGUCAAUCAGGUUCUCACACCGAAAUAUACUCGAAUUCUAGAUAUGCCAAGUAUGGAAGGUCGCAGUUCUACCAUUGUGGCGGAUUCGUGGUACGCACGGGUUUAGCUGACAAGCUCCGUCAAGCUUUACGGCUUGCAAUUCCAGGACAGUUAAGCUUUGCUUGUCCAGAUUGGAUGCGGGGCAAUUGCUUAUCGGAAUUCCCCUAAAAGGCAGGUGAACAUGUACGUUAAACCAUCACAUCAUCAAAGAUGUUCACUAGCUUUUCGUAAAAGACGGUAUGGUUGAAGGUGGAAAUGGAAAGUUCAAGGUUCAUAUGGCUCAAAACUAUACGCAAACCCUGAAGGCUUGCAAUUAAUCAGUCGUUACACCACGUUGCGAUUGAUCCACAAUGGCACACUUCGUAUCUUAUCUAUUUUCAAAUUUGUUUUCUAAUAUCCGAGAUUGUUUCCGGUAUCAUGAGGCUGUAGUGGCUUCUAUAAAAGAUGGCUGUAUUCCCAACGAUUUCCUCUCUUCUUCAGCCCUUCUUAUUUCGCCUGUGAGCACUAGCUUUCAGUAUGGACUCGCCACGAGAGACUGACGUCGUUUACGACGAGAAGAGUCAUGAAGCACCAGCCGUCACCAAGAACCCCGAAUCUAUUGAUUCUAAGGACGCAAAGAAUGACAAGUUUGGAGAGACAUCUUACGAAACCGAAAUUUCUUCUGGAUCUGAUGAAGAAGGACGUGGUGGUGAGGUCAAUGCUCUUGAGACUGCAGAAGAUAUCGUUACCGCAAUUAUCAAUCUCGAUGAUGAUCCAACCUUGAAUCCCUGGACUUUUCGCAUGUUCUUCAUCGGCUUGGGACUAUCUGCUUUUGGGGCUGUACUCCAAGAGAUCUUCUAUUUCAAGCCUCAAGUCAUUUAUGUAUCAGUCAUGUUUUUGACUGUUAUUGCAUACGUCAUCGGAGAAUUUAUGGCUUUUGCCAUCCCUAGAUGGGGUGCAGUUGGUCGAUUCCUCAAUCCUGGCCCAUUUAACCAAAAAGAACACGCUGCCGCUGUUAUUAUGGCGUCGGCCGCCGCUGUUUCGGCUUUAUCCACGGAAGCAUUAGCAGCUCAAAAGCUUUGGUAUGGAGGAUAUCCUAGUCAGGCUGCCGGUGUAUUCUUGACUUUGUCUUCGCAAUUGAUUGGGUACGGUGUUGCAGGUAUGAUGAGAAGUAGUCUUCUGUGGCCUACAAAGAUGCUCUACCCAGCAAACCUUCCAGUUACUACUGUCUUGGAAACGUUACACAAAGAAAAGAAAGCCAAUAGGAAGAGAAUGAAGGUUUUCUGGAUCAUUUUCUUUGCUUUGUUGGUUUGGGAAUUGCUUCCUGAGUACAUUUUCCCACUUCUUAUCGGUGUAUCCAUCUUUUGUCUCGCAGACCAACACAACUUAGUCUUCACCAAUCUUUUCGGAGGCGCAAACGGAAAUGAGGGUGUAGGAUUCUUGUCCCUAUCUUUCGACUGGAACUAUGUCGCUAGUUUUGGAUCUCCCCUCUGGAUGCCACUACAGACUUUGGUAAACAGUUUCAUCGGUACUCUCGGCUGUAUUAUUCUUUUUAUGGCCGUAUACUAUGGCAACAUUUGGAGAGCACAAGAUUUCCCAUUUCUGUCUCAACAAUUGUUCAAUGGCGAUUCGAACUUUACCUUCUACGAUACCUUCAAUGAGACAACAAUCCUCAAUGACGAUUUUACCGUGAACGAGGAGGCACUUGAAGCUGGAGGCAUUCCUUAUAUGGCUUCAACCUAUAUUGUUUAUCUCAUCACAUCCAACAUGGGAUUCACAGCUAAUUUUGUUCACAUGUUUCUCUGGAAUUAUGAAGACAUCAAGGCGGGAUGGGCUUGGGCUAACAAAGCCACACUGAAGAAGUUGUUAACACCUUCCCAUUACAUGUUCUGGAAAGGCGAUGGCAGCAAACGCAGUGAAGAAGAAAAGCAAAUCUUGAGGGAUGAUCCCAACAUUGAUCCUCAUUACAAAGUCAUGUUGGACUACGAUGAAGUCCCCGAUCUUUGGUACUUCUUGGCAUUCGCGGCAAGUUUCAUUACUUCGAUGGCUUGUCUUUAUGCUAUGAAGUCAACCCUUCCAUGGUGGGGUCUGAUAGUGGCUAUGCUUUUCUUGACGGUUUUCAUGUUGUUUUUUGGUGCUCAGUAUGCGAUUACUGGUUUCCAAUUCAAUAUCGAACCUAUUGCUCAAACUCUCGCCGGAUAUCUAUUCCCUGGAGCUCCUCUCGCAAACAUGUACUUCACUACCUUCACUUUCAAUGCACUGCAACAAGGACAAUAUCUCCUCCGAGAUCUAAAGCUUGCUCAGCAGAGCAAGCUUUCUCCAAAGGUCACAUAUACAACGCAGAUAAUCGGAUGUAUCUUUGGGGCUUGUCUCAAUUACGUCAUGAUGAUCACCAUCGUCGAGAAUCAAGCUCCAAAUCUUCUGACUAUCGAAGGAACACCCAUUUGGUCAGGAGCUAAUGUUCAAUCCUUCAACUCUCUCGCAAUUGCCUGGUCUAUUGCUCCUAAGAUGUUUUCUAUUGGUGCUCGUUACCAAUGGGUCACCAUCGCAUAUCUCCUCGGAUUCCUCGUCCCUGUUCCUUUCUGGCUUCUCAACAGAUAUUUCCCCCGACAACGUAUUUGGUCAUACCUCAAUCUCUCCAUUAUUCUUUGGUAUUUUGGAUAUCUUUGUGUUGGUAUCAAUGCCAGUGUUUUCAUGUACUACUACAUCGGAGCAUUCGGUCAGUUUUACCUCCGAAAAUGGAGACCAAAAUACUUCGUCAAGUGGAACUACUUGGUAUCCGCCGGUCUUGACGGUGGAACUCAAGUCAUGCUUUUCCUCCUCACUUUCGCUGUUGCGGGAGGAAGCGGUGUUAGUAGGCCAUUCCCAGAGUGGGCUGGAAAUGCUGCAAGCGGUAAUGUAGAUAAGUGUAUGUAUAAUGAGGCUAAUGGUUAACCAUGUGGUUUUGUUGAGGAAGAAAGGGGAAGGAAGUCCUGAUUGAUAGGAAUUAUAAUGAAGCGACUUGAUUGUUAGUUUUUAUGAAGUUUAGAUGUUAAUGAUCAGAUGAUGAUACCCCAGUUUGGAACAACUAUAUAC